AUGGACAUUCCGUCCUUUUACGUUGUCUUCGGUUCUCGCUGGUACCUGUGUUUCUCCGGCGGUACGCGGGCAGUGGGGAUAAUCCGCGGCAAUCCGCAGUUGGGUGCGGUCUGGGGGCCUGGGGUUUGCGUCGAGGGUUCAGAGGAGAAAGAGAGAGUGCCGGGGCCGGCUUUUCGGGAGAGGAGGGAAGGCAGGGAUCGCGGGCAGCGCUCUGUUAACUCCGGGACUGUUCUCCGCAGGUACCGGUCCGCGACGUCCGAGCGCCUCGUCGCCAUGCCUCGGAAAAUUGAGGAAAUCAAGGAUUUUCUGCUCACAGCGAGGCGGAAGGAUGCCAAGUCUGUCAAGAUAAAGAAGAACAAAGACAAUGUGAAGUUUAAAGUUCGAUGCAGCAGAUAUCUUUAUACCUUGGUCAUCACUGACAAAGAAAAGGCAGAGAAGCUGAAGCAGUCGUUGCCCCCGGGCUUGGCAGUAAAGGAGCUGAAAUGAACCAGCCAGACUGAUGUGAAGUAUAUUAAAAAACUUCAAAACUCUG